GGUUUGGUUAGCUUUUGUGUGGUGUUUUCCUUCAGUUUGGACUUUGGUUUACUUAUCGCUGCUUAGUAUUUUCCUUAUAUCGGGUGUGUUUAUGUUAACACUUUGGUGUCAUGUUGCGCUGUCUUCGCCGCAUCAAACUUCGCUAUUCUUAUUGGAAAGGCUGGAAAAAGAAGUGCGUCAACUAGAGGAAACGUUAAAGGAAGAUCAAAGUAACUGGCCGCACUCAACAAAGAAGACUCAUUUGCCAGUGAUAUUUGGACGUACAGUGGACAGCCAAUUGCAACUACUCAUAGACUAUGUCCUCAGGGACUUUGUGGUAAAAUGGCUGAAUGAGCUUUCACAUAGACCUGAGCCAGUGGUGGAUAAGUUUAAAGAACACGUAUGGAGUGCUAUACAAAACUUGUAUGAAAGGUUCCAAAGAGUAGAUGCUGAAAAACUUAUAGCCAAUGAUAUGAUCACUAAGAUAACUCAGCAUUUUGAAAGGAUUAGAAUAGCUCAAAGUUGUGCGAUGGAAUUGAAUCAACCACCAGUAUUUGCCCUGUCCCCACACCUGAUGUCCCCAGAGACAGAGCUACAUUACCUGCGGCAGAUCAGCGAACUGCUCGUCAUGUUUUUGCUGCCAAGAUGCUACUCACUCACGCCUGCCUCACACUUGAUGAGGGAAAUACUAGCUUGCAAAGUUCUCCAGCCAGCAAUCGACUUGAUAACAGAACCAGACUACAUCAACCAAAAGAUCAUCCAAUAUCUCGAAGCUCAAAAAGAAGUGGACGCAAUGCAUCUAAAAACGCACGAGUACGCCAAAACUUUUGAAGACUACAUACGUCUAAUAAACAGCUGUAAUAAUGUUGAUACACUGAAACGGUUACGAUAUGACGUGGUAACCCAAAUAAUGCAAGCAACGACGCUGCAAAACAUGAAGCGCGCUAAAGGGGUGGACGUUGACGCGAUCGAGAAGACCGGCCACCACAACGUCAGCCGGCAGCAAAUCGCUGAUGCCAAGAAACUGAAGAGGUACAUCAACCAGUUGACCAUCGCGAAAGCCGAGUGCGAAAACGCUUUGAGGAAAUUGGGCUGGGAUGGCGCCUUUCCUGCUGUGGAGCAUGGGAAUAGCAAGACUUUGCCCUUGCACACCGUAAUGGAGAGCGUGACGGGCCGGCGGUACCUGUCGAUGUUCCUGGAGGAGAUGCACUCGCAGGGAUUGGUGGGCUUCUGGAUGGCCGUGGAGGAGCUGCGCCUUAGCCCGCGCAGCAGCUGGCACCAGCUCGGCGCUGAGAUCUUCUACACGUACAUCAGGUCGCCCAGUGCCGAGAUCAAGGUCGACAAAGAUACCAGGAAGCGAAUGGAAGCGUUCCUCCUCGGGGACAAAGGGCCCGAAGUUUUCUAUGAAGUCCAGGAGACCGUCAUGGACACGAUUCAGGAGAAAUAUUACCACUCAUUUCUCAUGAGCGAGCAGUACAAGGCUUUGAUCGCCGAACUUGCCACCGAGGAAGCUAACAACAAAGAGAUGGGCGCGGAGCGGUCCCCCGUCGAGGAGCGGCAGCCGUCCAGCGACUCGUCGGAGGGGGGGGCGGGCGCGGCGCCGCUGCCGCUAACGGAGCACUCCACGUACGCGCGGCGCAAGCUGGACCAGCUGCAGGAGCGGCACCACAACAAGACGCUGGCGCUGGCGGCGCUGCGCGCGUCGCUGAAGCCCGAGUCGCCGGCGCUGGCGCUGCUGGGCGCCGAGGUGGAGCGCCUGGCGGGCGAGCGCCGGCGCCUGGAGGCGCACCUGCAGCGCACCGACACCUGGGCCGACCACCUGGGCGGCUGGCGCGCCACCGUGCACAGCGCCGAGGUGGUGGACGAGUCGAAGCCGCCGCAGUUCGUGAUCGUGGUGCACAUGGCGGAGCAAGAAGAGCAGCAGCUCGGCGAAGACCGGCCCGAGCACAUCACCACCGGCUGGGUGCUGCUCAGGACGCUCGGCGAGUUCCAGGAACUACAUCGAAAAUUAAGGCCUAUGUGUUCGGAGCUGAAAAACUUGGAGCUGCCGUCGAACUCAUUUAAGUUCCUCUUCGGGAAAAAUGAUAGGAAUUCAUUAGAAAAAGCCAAAAUUUUAAUACAAAAAUAUUUAGAAUUCGUCCUGGAAGACGACCGACUGAACCAAAGUGAAGCGUUGUAUACAUUCCUAAACCCCAGUUCGGAAUACUUGAAACAGGGGGACUUGCCAAAAAAGAACAAAUUCUCAUUUUCUACAUUAUUCAAGAGCAGCAGCAGCAGCGACGCGACCAGCCGGAGCUCGCAGGAGCGCGACGCCUUCGCGCAGCUGUCGGCCGACGACGACGACAUCUCGCUGUACCUGGACGGGAACGGCGACGCGGCACACAGGGCCGUGGCCUCCGGGCGAGGUGCCGGCCUGGAGGAGCGCGACGCCGUGGCCGAGCCGCUCUACGCGCUGCUCAGCGAGGUGUUCGACAUGCGCGGCGUGUUCCGCUGGCUGCGCAAGACGCUCGUUACCUUCGUGCAGAUCACCUACGGCCGCACUAUCAACAGGCAAAUCAAGGACACGAUCGCGUGGUUGUUCUCGGAGCAGAUGCUGCACUACUACACGGGCGCGGUGCUCAAGGCCUGGUGGCCGGGCGGGCAACUGGCGCAGGCCGGGCCGGCCAGGGCCGCGGGGGACCGGGAGCGGAGCCGCGCGGCGGCGGCGGCGGCGCUGCGGCUGACGGCGCUGCGCGCGCUGGCGUCGCUGGUGGGCGCGGCGGCGGCCGAGCGCGGCGCGCGCAAGCUCAGCCGCACGCUGCAGCAGCACACGCACAACAAGCAGCUCUUCUACGAUUUAAUGGAACUCGUCCUUCUAGAAGCAUUUCCUGAGCUCAAGCGCUAUCAAUAGGGAAACAUAGGGUAAGAUAAGCACGACAAUAGAACUGUCUUUGUAUUACUCUACAGGGAUUUUAUCCAACUGUAUACUUUCUCUUUACCUUGUGAGUCAUUUAAGAAUAUUUUUAUUUACUACAUUUUUCUUGUACACUUUUAACUGAAAAUUGCACUGAAUUAUCGUUUCCAGUGUAAUAAUCUAUUCAGCAAUGUGAUUGCAAUGAUCUCAAUAUGUGUUCGUCACCGCUUAAUUAUUCGAGCAUGGUAAAUAAGUACUGUCGCUGGGGAGUGAAGACACGAGUUCAAUAUUUGGCAGGAUAAUAUUCUGCAGUGCACGCGCGCUUUAAUUCCUCUUUUGUAAUGCUUCGGCGCAGCAAUGGAAUACACUACAUCUGUGUUUCACGAAAAGUACAAUUCAGGGCUAUUUAAGGCUGGUUUCACAGCUGUGCGUAAGCCUGCGGGCAUCCGCAUACGUAGAAUCCGCAGUGUUCUGAAUCGAGUAUUGAAUUUAAUGCGGAUAUUCACGAAAGACAGUCGUCUACAAUGAACGCACGGGUGGUUUGUGCGGAAUGCACGCGGAGCGUAUUCCUUACGUAAAACGAUGUUCUAUCGCUUAUGUUACUUUGCUCCGGUGCUCCGCGUGGACGGUCCGCAGAUGUAUCCGCACUGCUCUGAAACCAGCCUUGGAUUAUGUACGUGUACCAUGUAAGUUUAAUACUAGGUGAGAUUGUGGCUAAGCGACUGUUGUAUAUUGUCCACAACAAACACCAAUUAAUACUAGACACGGUAGCCACGUUGGGGCAACAAUCGCUGGUUCAAGUACAGUCAAUAAUUAUAACAAACUAGUGGAGUAUUUUCGCAAAUAAUAAAAGAAUGUCAUGGUAUUAAUAACAUCAUAGUUUUCAAUAAAAAUAAAGUAUUAGACACUCAAAAAAAAUAGAUUCUUUGGAAAAACGCAUCGGAAUUCUCAUUCUGGUUUUGCACAUCCAGUAAAUUGCUGGUGAAAUUACAUUAAGUCUCAGUGGCAGUGACCUUCAGAUCUUUGCGAUUUAAAGCUCUGAGUGGCACUGUAACUGUUACGGGUCGACUUGUAGCUUAACACCAGGCGCCCGACUUGUUCGUCCCGUCACUUGAUGUUAUAAAAAAUGUGCUUCUUGGACAUACAAGGUUUUCACUCCCAAGUGACGAUACAUAACCUAUGUCUAGUUAUUUAAGAUUGUUAAGGGCCUCAGCUCAUCGACUCGGUAAUUUAAACUAAAUAUGACAUGUUUCGUUGGUGCUCGUUGUAGGAGAUGCGUGCGGGAUCUUCUUAAAAUUGGCACAAACUUGUUUCGGCAAAUGAAACAAACUAUUUAGAUUUAAAAAAGCUGACUCGCAACGUUUAACUAUUUUCAAAAGUAAUUUCAGACUUAUCGGCUUGUUAUAAGGUGCAAAGUCAAUAAGUGUAAACUUACGACUCACGUGAUAAUUGUAGCGUAAGCAUUCCCAGUAAACGAUCUCGAGUGUUGUGCAGAUUUCGACUAGACAUCGCGUCCGUGCCAAAAUUUACACUCUCCAAUCUUAAAUGCUUAAAACAGGUGUUGGUUUUAUAAACAAUGAGUGAUGUAGAACAGUAAUGAUGAAUUGAGUGUUGUAUUUAAUUUGCACCAGUUUUGUGAAUACGUACCUGAUCUGGUUUACUGAAAUAUUUAUUUGUAAUUUUUCUAGUCUUUUCUCGUAAUUUCUUUUUUAUUUAUAAUCAAUUUUGAGUUGUAAACGGUUACCAGUUAAGUAGAUAAUGUUUUGUCCUCGGCUGUGGUAUUCAAGGUGCACUAAGCAAUUGUUACUGUCUGCACUAAAAUUUCCAAUUAUAUAUAUUUUCUAAAAUUGUAUUCGUGUUCGCAUAUUUUUGUAAAUUAUAGGUCCAUAACCCAUUUGUCAGAUUCUGAAGCGUGUCUGUAAGUGGGGUUCAGACCUAAGGUGAACUGUGUACAGAUGUGGUGAAUAAACAUUACACAUCGGGAAAAUUCGGAAACCUUGAACAUUUAUGAACGCUGUUGCCGCAUUGUCUAUGAUUUUGACGUUAAACAUUCUACUUUUUGCUUAUAUUAAUGAAGUUUUCCGUUUCAUAAUUUAAGGGGUUUUGCAGCAUCAUCAUCGAUAGCCUGA